GCGGUCUGACGUGAUGACGUACCGCAGGUUUGCGGACGUGGCGGCACUGGCCUCGGUAGGGGCAGCUGGGCAAGUCCGUGCGGAAGGGAGGGAGGUCACCGGCGGUGGCUGUGGCCGAGGAGGCGGAGGAGUAGGUAGCGACGACGGCCGCGGGGAGCCUUGGCCAUGAACUUGAUGAGAUCCGUUGCAACUCCCGCAGUCUCCCCCGCUUGUGGGAAAGCUAUGCGGUGUGACGUUUAAAAGUCGUGAGCUGGACAUAGACUCAGACGGGCAGGUGUGGAUGGAUUGUGAUCUGCCUCGUUGGAGGGACCAUCCACAUCGAUGAGACCGCAAGUCCUUUGGAGUGGACGAACCCACAACCCAGACUAAGUCCCUGCAGGUGACCAGGAGCUCCGCUAGGGACAGUCACCUGUAGCCGAUCUAUAAAAUCUCUGGAGUGCAGAAUUGUUCUAAAAGAACAAAAAAUGUGUGGGCAGUGGAGAUUUUGUGAAGAAAGGAGAGUUUGAGGUUAUGGCAGGGAGGAAUCAGACUCGAAAUUUUCAGUUUCCAAUAACUCAAUCUGUGGUGAGCAACCAAAUAUAUUCAUUUGGAAGUAAUACAGACACUGAUAUCUUUGAAGACGAUGCUGAAGUAUAUGAACUUCGACCAAGAGGAAGAGAGAAAGUCAGAAGAAGUACAUCAAGAGAGAGAUUAGAUGAUAUUGUAUUAUUAACAAAAGAUAUACAGGAAGGCGAUACUUUAAAUGCAAUAGCCCUUCAGUACUGUUGUUCGGUAGCAGAUAUCAAGAGGGUUAAUAAUCUCAUCAGCGAUCAAGACUUUUUUGCACUUAGGUCUAUUAAAAUUCCAGUGAAAAGGUUUAGCGUACUGACUGAAACACAUUACUCUCCCAAAGGACGACAGACUUCACGUCCUUCAGCUGCCCAGUGUGCUCCAGAACUGCAGGAGAUAUCCCCCAACUUGGAUCUUCCAGUUUCAAACGAGACUGCUGGGAAUUUCUUGAAAGAAGUGGACAAAGACAUAGAACAAAUAGUAAAAUGUACAGACACAAAAAGAGAGAACCUCAAUGAAGUGGUUUCUGCUUUAGCAAAACAAGAGCUGUGUUUUGAACCUGAUAGUAAAAGCAUUAGACAUAAGGAUCCCUAUUAUGGAGCAGACUGGGGAAUAGGCUGGUGGACAGCUGUCGUGAUAAUGUUGAUUGUAGGCAUAAUAACUCCAGUAUUUUACUUACUGUAUUAUGAAGUUUUAGUUAAAGUAGAUGUUAGUCACCAUUCUACAGUGGAUUCCUCCCAUUUGCACUCAGGAGUCACAGCUCCAUCACAGCAGAGAGAAAUAGGGAAUGGAAUAAUUCCAACAAAAGGAACAAAUGUUGGACAACAAGAUGAUUACAAACUUCAAAAACAGAAUUCUCAGUCUCCUACAUGGCAUAUAACAUAGCAUUCACUUCUGAAUUAUAAUGUUUAUAACUACAAAUGUAUCUGGAAUGCAGAGAAUCAGUUAUAUCCAUUAUUUACCACUACUGGGCAGUAUUUUGGUUUAUUGAAAAUGUUUUUAUUUCUUCCAGAGACUUUAUUUUGAGCCAUUUGCAAGUCAAUUCUAUAUGAAAAUUAGGCUUGCUACCUUCUUUAUGUUUCGAACGGUUUAAGUCAAAGUUUCUCUUGUGGCACUGCAGAAAUGAAUAUCAGUACAUAGAAAUUUCUCUAGAAAAUUUUACACCCUCUUCUCUUAUUUAAACAUAGCCUUGAAGUAUAUUUUUUUUAAGAAAAAAAAUUUUUUUUGUUUAAGGUAUUAAUGUUAAAGUUAUUCAGCAAUGAAUAGUAGCACUGGAUGUAUGCCACUGAAAAAAAUACUGCGAGAUGAUAUCUCGUAGCUCAAAAUGUUUAAUUGAGAAAACACUUGUUUGAUUCUAAAAGUAUUUGUGACGGGCACAUUAUGAAUAUGAUGCUACACAGUUUUCUAUCACUUAUAAUUCAGCAUAAAUACAAAAGUAACAAAAUCAGAAAGGAAGGUUAUAAUAUUGGCAAGAGGAGAUAGGACUUUCAAGUUGAUAUUAAAACCUCUGGGAAUUAUGUAGUGAAGUGGUAUCAUUGACUAUUUAGAAUAUUGGAGAAAAUCAGAGGAUCUGAGAUGUUUAAUUUGCUUAAUUUUUUGGACAUUUCUUAUAAUUGCUAUGUCUAUGUUUUGUUUUGGUCUCCAGUAAAAUUUACUUAAGACUUCUGUACAUUUGUAGUUCUUUGAGGAAAAGUGCUACACAUGUACAAAUACAUUAUUUGGGGAAAAAUUCUUAGUGCCCUCUGAUGAAUUGUUGCAGUUCCAUACAUGCAGCAACAUGCCUUAAUUAAAUUGAAUGCCUUAAUUAAAUGUUAGUGUUACUAUAAGACUUACAUACUUUUUAGAAUCAAACUUAUACUUCAGUGUCCUAGACUUCCCUUUCAAUAGAAUUGAUGCUUUUAUUGUAUGUGUAGUGUAAACUGAUUUUAGCUUUCAGUUAAUCAAGCACAAUAUAAUGGGCAACAUCUAUGUAUCUUGUCUUUUUUGUCUAAUGUGAAUUGCCAAAAAAUGGUUCACAAAGAAAAAAUUAUAAACAGGGUCAUUUGCUUUGGUAGGCAAAAAAGAUUGAGUUCUUAUUUCUUUUACUGAUCCCUCACCCUCUCUAUCUUCCAAAGGAAAUAAUUGAAGUAGAAAAUGAGUGAAAAAGUUAUUUUCUCUCUAAACUACAGUGUAUCAUGAGGACUAGAGAGGAGGAAUUGGCUAGGGAUGGAGAUAAAUUUGUCUUCUGAGGUAGAUGAUAACGUUACCUGUCAUGCCUUAACUUCAUAGUAAUCUGGCUAAAUGAGCACUUGCCUACUGAUUGACUAUAUUUAUAAAACACAAAAGUGGUGCUGCCAUAGGAGAUAGGUUGAUGGAGUCUGACUUGCCUUUCUUAGAUGUGUAAUUUAAAUUUUUUGUGUAUUUUAGGUAUAUGAUAUUGCCUCACUUUCUGGGCAUUAUUUCCUAGUGUCUGAUGUUUGAACUUAAGAAGCAAUCAUUUUGUAUCUUAAGACCUAUUGAGUGAAUAAUAUGGCAAAUGAGUAACCUAGACCCAGGAUAAGAGUAUCUUUUUCUUUUAGAAGCAAAGCAUCAUAAAGAUAGAAGGAAAACAACACUCAGCCCUUUCAUAUAUUAGACAUUUGCCAGAAUGUUUUACUAGUAAAUACAUCUACUCAUUCCUAUAAAAACAACCUGAGAAAUGAGCAACAUUCAUGAAGCCACCUAAAUUAUGUGAGCAUCCAUCCUCAAAAAACAAUCUUAAUUUUUGGAGAGGAAUGCAGUCUUUUUCUAAUCCUUAGUCAGUGUUACCUUUAGCUUUUUAGUAAGCCUACUGAAAAACCAAGUUUUGAGGGGAAUAAAAUUUACAAAUAGUAAAACUCAAAUUAUGUGAAGAAUUUAUACUGUUAAUUAGAUGGGUAAGCUGAAAAGUAUCAAUAAUUGCCUUUUACUGGUGCUACUUUGAAAUUAUAAUAGGGGUGUAAUAAGUAAAUAGGUAAAUAAAAGUACAUUACUUUUAUUUUAAACAUGAAACCUGCCUAGAUAUAAAAACCACUUCUGCUCUAUAGAAUGUCAUUUUUGGUGGAAAUGUGAACAUAAAAUGCAUCCUCUUGGCUGCUAAGUAGUUCUCCCUCAUUUACCUGUCAUAUGGCUCUGGAAUACAAAUUUGAUCUUUAAAUACAACAGCUGAGAUAUGGUUAAACUUAGCAAGGAAAUACAAUCUUAGUAGUUAAUAAGUUUUCAGUUUGUUAAUGUGCUAAUGAGCACCAUGACAAUGGUAUGUGAAAGCUGCUUAAUGUAAUUUUCUCAAUGGGGGCAUCUUUUUUGUUUUGGAAAUGGGCUUUAAGGUUAAAUGUAUAUUGAACUCUUAUUCUGGUAAGUGUUCAGAUUUAAUUGGCAUACUUUAUAUUAGCAUGUGUCAAACUGACAAAAAUACAAUUGGAAAAAUAUACUUGGUUCCCUUGGAAAUGUUUGGUUAUAAAUAAAAAUAUUUUGUACUUGUGUUCAAAGAUGUAAUUGCAAUUUUAACCACUCCAAGGUAAAACAUGAGCCUCAUUCUUUUAAAAAAAAUGUAUUUUCAUAGAUAAUGUGUGAGUAAAUUAUAAAAUCUCUGCCUUCUAUAUGAAUAAGAUAAAUUAGUUUUGAAUAGUAAAUUAAUUUCUCUAGGCAAUUUGUUUUUAAAAUCUGCAUGAUAAGGUGGAUUGUGGAGUUAUUUAAAUGACUUACUAAACAAUGAUUUAGUCCCUUUCCUGAUACUUCUGAAAUUUAUUUAAUUAGGGAAUAAUAUGAAGUAAAAAUAGUGAGAAGUUUGCAAAUAUAAUGAACAAAGAAUACAGUACAAAGAAAUGUUAACGGUUGAACCAGAGAUAAACAAAAUGUAUUUAAAUGGUGCACUAUGCUGAGAAUCAUGCUUUAACUUAGAACACUUGCUCAGGAAAUCAGUAUUUUUCUUCCAAGUAUGUGCAUAUUGCACUGUUAGAUCAUAAUUAGAAAUACCUGAAUGCUUUAUUUAAGUAUUUUUAUGCACACUAAUGCUGUAAAUCUCUUAUAAAAAUAUAUUUUAUACAAAUGCAAAAUGUAAUUGUAGAACCAUGUGUUUAGCAUGUAAGUUUUUUUUAAUGGUGGCUUGAAAAUUUUUGCCACUUAAAACUUUUCAUAUCUUCAGAUGUCUGAGUGUAAAACAUAAUAAAGUUUCUAUUUUAUUAUCCAAUCUAAAA